AUGUCAGCCGCUGGUCGUCCUAGAAGAUCCAAUGCCGGCAAGCGCACUUCGUUGCCAGAAGAAUAUGCAUCAAUUGAACACUCUCAGCUAACUCGAUCAGCAAAAAGCGAAAUUCGUCCAAAAGGAAAGGAUGCCAAAGCAAAGGUUUCUGCUGGCGAAUUUAAAUUGCCUUCGCUGGAACGAGAAACUAGCAGGUCCAAAAAAUCAACUGUGGUGGAGCCAAAAACGAAGCCAAUGGUCGCCCCGAAAAAGCCUGUCGUCAAAACCAGAAAAUCUGGACGGAAGAAAGAAAAUUUCGAGGACUACUACAGUGAAGCCGAUGAUAGCGAAGAAAGCGAAUAUGAUGAAGAAGAGGAUAAAAUUUCUCAGGAAGAUUUGCUGGAAGACGAGCGAGAUGACAUUGAUUUCAAUAACAUGAGCUUUCCACACGACGAAGCAGAUAGUUCUUCAAUAGCGCCCUGGGCAGAUCUUGACCCAGAUGAAAUACCGCCAUUAUUGCUUCCUGACUCUAGUCAAGAUUUAAAUGUACCAAUUGAUCUCAUUAUUCGUGUAACAGAGCUUUACGACUUCUUUCGUGUUUAUAGCAGAUAUCUACAAUUUUCACCGUGUCUCUAUGAAGAUUUUUGUGCAGCAUUUUUAUCCUCCGAAAACUCGAUGCUCUUAGCCGAGUUGCAUCUUGUUUUAAUGCGCUUAUGUUGGAGAGAGGACGACGACAAGCAAGUGUUACGACUUUAUGUUCAAUCAGAUAAACAUCUUCCGCAAAAUGUGAUCGAAGCACUUUCUGUGCAUGAUUACCCCUUUGUUUCAGCGGCAACAAGAUUGACGGUGAUUGAAUGGUUGCGCGAUUGUUUCCUGGAGAGCUCCGUUUUUAAAGAGAUCAUAAAAAAUGAAGGAAAGAUCGUGUCCGAAUCAAUAUGUCGCUUAUGUGGAAAGUUGGGAGAUAUAGUCAUGUGUGAUGGAUGUGAAGCAGCUUACCACCCGACUUGUCUAGACAGUCCUGAUCUGCCAGAAGGAAAGUGGUUCUGUCCGAUUUGUCAAAAAGAUCAGGCAAAAGGAAUUUCGGAUUGCUUGUCAUUUGGACAGUUGGGCGAUAGAACUCCACUUCGGAUUGAGCCUCUUGGAAAAGAUCGGCAUGCUCGAAUUUACUGGUUCACCGCCAGGAGACUAUUUGUGCAAGAUCCCUCAUCGCCAGAUGAUCUCGUUUACUACUCAACAUUACCUCAGUUUCACGAGUUGCUUUCUCGCUUGGAUCAUGACUAUUAUGAAAAGAUGCUAGUGGACAAAAUGAAUCAAAUCUUUAAUGAUAUCAUUGAACAAAUGGCUAUCACUAUUGAGGUGACGAGCCUUCGCCGAGCUGAACGAGUUCGUUCUCUGUAUGAGAAAAAUUCGACAAUUACGGUUCCAGAAGCGGUUUUACAUCUCGACAACGCAAAUCGUGUCUCUGAAAUUUUAACAAAUUGUUACAAUCGGGAGACCGCAAAGUUGCGAGAUGAGGAUGAAAAUGAGGCGGAAGUCUUGUCGGGAAAUUUGAGCAUGACCGAGAAUCUCGAGAAUAUGAUGGGAAUUACUAGAGGUCGAUUGACAAGCGCUUUUUGGAGUGGAAAUUUGCCAGAAAACGAAGUGCUGCUUCAUCGUUCGCAGAAGUACCCAGCUAGUGAUGUCUCUUCUGGAUACCGUUUGGGAUUUGAUGAUCAUUACUUUGUGAACUAUAGAAAUCACCGUGAAGAAGAUCUAGCAAAACCUCUAUCCCAAAGGAAACGGGAGAGUGAUCGUAAAAAGUAUCUGUGUCUACGUUUCUCUCUCGAGGAUUGGGGCGCAUUCAAAUGGGUUGAAAAGAGAGCUGCUUCCGGCUUUAGCAAGAUCAACACGUGUUACAUUCUUGAAGACACGAUGCUUGCAUUGUCCAAAAAGAUCCCAAUUGAACUGUAUCAUCGUUUAUGGCCUAAAUUUGAGCCGGACUGGCUUAAAAUUGUUGCGACACGAUCAGUUCGUCAUUUGCGCGAAGCUUUACUUUGGCUAGAAUGUGGAUUACGAAAGCCUGUGUUUAUUUCGCAAUGGUGGAAUGGACUGGGCAUGACGAGAUUUAUCAAAACUACCAUGGAAAGCCGCGAAGCAAGAACAAAAGAUGAGGAGAAACGCAAAAAAAAAGAAAGAAAUUUGGUAACGGCAGCUCCCGAAGAUGAAGAUUUUAUUUUUGUGAAAUUUGCAAAACUGGGUGGCCCACCUAAACAUGGAGUAUGGCGGCAAAAGGAUGAACAAUAUCGAAUCAACGGAAAAGGUGCACUAGGCGGAUGGAUUUGGAAAAGCCGAACUCACAAAAGAAAUUGGAUGAAAGCACCGACAUUUUUGAUGAACGAGGAUGCUGGUGAAAAUAGCACGCAAGACGAAUUGAAGAAACAAGCCCGUCUAGAACUAAUCACCUCAAAGAUUGUAAAAUGGGGUGCCAAUGAAAAAAGUGAUUUGGGGGCUGUUCUCUCUAAUCAGGAACAAAAUGAUGGCGAUGUCAAAGAUCUUGACAUUCUGAACUCUUUCUUCAUUGAUCCCCCUGUAACAAAUGAGGAGGUUAAAGAUCAAAAUGGCUUGCAAGUGAAACAAGAAGAUGUUAAACCUGAUAUAUCUGCUACUGUCGGAACUGCUGGAGUUGUCUCUUCGCGUAAUCCUCAAUCAGUAUUGAAGAAACCUGAUGUGAAACAAAUACUCGGAGAAGAUUCGCCUUUUCCACUUCCUAGUCCUUUCCGCUUUCAAAGAGCCAACAAGGCGACGAGUCUUCUUGUUCUUCCAACUUUAUAUUUGCGCAAAAUGGCUAGACAAGGCGGCCUAAACUCGGCUUUGUAUUACCCCGGCUUCAAUCGUACUUUCAAGUCGAAUCACCAUGUUUGGAACUAUCCAUGCCCGCGACCACAUUUAGAGCUAUGUUGGAAGUGGUCAACACUGCAUGCAAGAUCGUUGCAGUCAGUGGCUCUUCAACUUCGGCUACUGUGGGCCUGUGUUAGAUGGGCGGAUCUACAAACGGAAACAAAAGAUGAAGAAAGAACACAACAAGUUAUACAACAUUUGUUGGAUCGAGACGAAAGCCGAAUUGUAAUUGGUCACAAAGAAAUGCCUCCAGACGGUUUUUAUGAGAGAUACCAAUUGAAAGUUGAAAUCACAAUGAUUGAUGAAGAUGACGGAGAUGAUGGCACUGUAGGAACUAGUAGUAGGAAUCGCAAGCGAAAGUCAGUUGUGGUGAAAAAGUCAGACCUGCGAGCUCGUGGUGCAAAGCGCGUGGAAACUAGAUGGAUUGAUGGUGUUGAAUUAAAGCUUUGGGAAAUUACGAACUAUUGGCGGAAUCGCAACAGGAGAACUGUACAAGUUGUUGAUAAAACGAUGCUUCGGAGCCAACCAAUGCAACGUGGAUUGCCGCCUCCACCAUCGACAAUGUCUUUGCGCUCUGAUCCCAGGCCGAGAGCGAUGCACUCGCCUGCGCCUUAUUCAACAGCUAGAGGAGGAUCAUCAUAUAUUCCACGCCCGAUGCCCGUUGCUAACCGCUCUGCUCCUCUUUUAAAUCAAAGACCGUUGAAUAAUGGCCGACCAUUGACCUCACAACCGACCACCUCCGCGUAUUCCCAAAAUCCAAAUGCGUUUGUCAGGCAAAUACUGGUAAGGAAGAAUCCAGAUGGCACCAACACCAUUAUCGAGGAAAAGGUUGUCCGAAAACGAAUACUUGAUCAGGAUAUUAUGAAGGGUGAAUUCCUUGAAGACUACAAACGAGCCGUGGCCGAUCUACCUAAUGUCGAUAAAAACUCUACUCCGCAACAACAUCAAUUGACAAACCCUCAAGGACACUUUGAGACGGGUGAACCUGAACCAAAACGUACUCUACUAACCGAGAACAACGAACAACCUUCGAACGGCAUUGGCGAACCGACUUUUUCUGUGAGAAGGGCGCCACCAAAGGAGGCAAUCUCAUCAGGCAAUAUCGUCUCAUCAAGACCGUUCGAGCCUAGAGUUUUGGAGAAUGGAAAAGUCAAUGGAUGUUCAUCUCAAAAUUAUUUACCAACUUCUUCAAAUCAAUCACGGAUUGUCGAAUCUUCACAGCCACCUCGAACCAUGUUACGAGCACCUCCCGGAAACAUUUUGCCUCCAAGCUCUGGUGGACGAAGAUUAAUAAUGAUCCGGAAGGCUGAUGGAACCACUCAAAUUUUGCGACCGGUUAGCGGCCCAAGAGAAGAAAUCGGUGGACCUAGGAUUAUUCAUCGUGUCCAAGCGCCCCCACCUAUCCAACCACAGCAUCGUGUGGUUGCCGGUCCGGGUACUUUCAUUCGCACUUCGACACCUCCAUUCCGUGUCUUGUCUCAGCCCUCUCAACAGAUGAGACCCAUCGAUGUUAAUCAAACACCAAAUCGGCUCGCGAGUCCCGCCUUGUUGCCCAAUGGGGUGCAUUCGUUCACAACGGCCGAAGAACGAACAGAA